CUGGCGCGCAGGCGCGGUGGCGGUGUCCGGAAGCGCGGUGCUGAAGGAGCCAUGGCGGCGGCAGCGGAGCCGGUCGGGGGCCGCGGUCCGGUGUGGCGGCUGCGCCUGCUGUGCCAGCGCUACCAGGAGUACGUGCGGCGGCACCCGGCCGCCACGGCGCAGCUGGAGGGCACCGUGCGGGGCCUGUCCUACCUGCUGCCAGGUCGCUUCUCGGACUCACACGCGCUGUCGGAGCUGGUGUACUCUGCCUCCAACCUCCUGGUGCUGUUAAACGACUGGAUUAUCCGAAAGGAGCUGCAGCAGAGCUUGCCCGUGUCGCUGCCCCAGCAGAAGCUGCUGACCUGGCUGAGUGUGCUAGAAUGCGUGGAGGUCUUUGCAGAGAUGGGGACAGCCAGGGUGUGGGGGGAGAUGGGCCGGUGGACCAUCAUUGUCCUCAUCCAGCUGGCUAAAGCCAUCCUUCGCCUCCUGCUCCUGCUGUGGUACAAAGGUGGCAUCCAGAUGUCUCCUCCCAUCGUGCCGCUGAACAGGGAGCAGCAGCCUCUCCACCCCCAAGACAUGGAAGACAACUCCUCAGGGAAGGAUCAGACCUAUGUUGGCAAGCGUUCCAGCCGUGUUGUGCGCUCUCUUCAGAGCACCCCAUCCCUGCAGUCCCGGCACUGGGGGUCCCCCCAGCAGAGGGAGGAGUCACAGAGCCGAAGAGCAGAGAUGAACCAGCCUCCCACCCCUCUGGGUCUUCAAGAAACCAUCGCAGAAUCCCUCUACAUUGCCCGUCCUCUGCUCCACCUGUUGAGUUUAGGAGUGUGGGGCCAGAGAUCGUGGAAACCCUGGCUCCUCUCAGCAGUCCUGGACAUUUCAAGCCUGAGUUUACUGAGUGAUCUGAAAGACCUGAACAGGCGAGAGCGAGCGGAGCUGAGGCGACGAACCAUCCUACUGCUGUAUUACCUGCUGAGAUCUCCUUUCUAUGACCGAUACUCAGAGGGCAGGAUUCUCCUUCUCCUGCGCCUGCUGGCUGAUUACGUGCCUGGAGUUGGCUUUGUCACACGGCCACUGAUGGAUUACUUGCCUGCUUGGCAGAAAAUCUAUUUCUAUAACUGGGGCUGAUGAGAAGAUGAUGAUUGUUCUCUGUGAAGAUUGUGGCUGGACAUUUCUAAGGAGGGCAAGCAGGCUGGAAGGGAUGUGGAUAAUGUCUAAUUUUCAAACCAUCAAUGAAAAGCUCCCAUUCUGCAGGGUGGGGAGGGGGGUGUAUGUAAUACUUUUAACAGAUCUAGCUGUGAAUGAUGGACACUACAUGCGUGGAGGGACCCUGACCACCUCUUUCUCUGGACCGUUCUGUGGCUACAGUGAUGGCAAUGGGACAACCUCUUUUUUUAAGCACUUGGUUUUUCUCCUUUUGUACAGCUGCGCUAUCAUAAAGCCAGGCAGCACAGGGGUUUUUUGGAGAGCACUGUCUCCCACCUCAUGGCGCUGAGGUUCACCUGCAGCCUGCUUGUGUUAGCCCUGCCUGGGCAAUCUGCUUGGAGCGGGCUUGUCUGUCAAUAAACUGACUGAAUGGGAAGAACUGA